AUGAGCAGCAGGACAAACGCAUGCGACUGUUUUUUGGACGGUUUGGUACAUUUGGCCUUCCACACAGCCCAGCUCCUCCAGAAAAACACAAAGCAACGGGUGUAAGGUUCACUGAGAACACUGAGCAAUCAGAAUCACUGCUCCAGUGCACGCCGAGCGUCUACUCGACUUUUUAGGACACCAUGACGGCAGAGGAGACGAUUAACAUAAAGGAAGCAGAGAUCAUCAAGCUCAUCCUGGAUUUCCUCAACUGCCGAAAGCUUCAUAUCAGCAUGCUAGCGCUGGAGAAGGAGAGCGGUGUUAUUAAUGGUCUAUACUCGGAUGAUAUGCUCUUCCUCAGGCAGCUGAUAUUAGAUGGACAGUGGGAGGAGGUUCUUCAGUUCAUUCAGCCACUGGAGAGUCUAGACAAAUUUGACAGAAAGAGGUUUCGUUACAUCAUUCUGAAACAGAGGUUCCUGGAAGCACUUUGUGUGAAUAAUGCCAUAUCUGCAUCAGAUGAGCCUCAAAAUCUUGAGCUAAGCAUGCAAGAGGCAGUGAAGUGUCUGAAUGCUCUGGAGGAGUUAAGCCCAUCCAAAGAGGCCUAUAGCAAUCUGUGCCUGCUGUUGACACUCCCUCAGCUCACGCACCAUGUUGAGUUCAAGGACUGGAACCCGAGUACAGCACGUGUACGCUGUUUUGAGGAGACAUGCUCUUUGGUGGCCGAGUUCAUUCCGGCUGACCGCAAGCUCAGCGAGGCGGGAUUUCGGGCCGGCUCAGAUCGCCUCUUCCAGCUGCUGGUUAAGGGUGUGCUGUAUGAAUGUUGUGUGGAGUUCUGCCAGAGCAAGGCGACAGGCGAGGAGAUCGGUGAGGCCGAGGUACUGCUGGGCAUUGAUGUGCUAUGUGGCAAUGGCUGUGACGAACCCGACCUGAGCUUGAUCUCUUGGCUGCGCAACCUUGCGUCUGCCACCUUUACAUGCGCGUUUGAACAGAAGACACUCAAUGUCCACGUGGACCAGCUGGUAAAACCAGCACGGGCAACCCACACUGAUUUUCUUGUGCCGCUCCUUGCCAAGUUUUCACCUUCCCCAGCCUCACCACUGAGACGCCCUCAAUCAGCGGAAGCUUACGUAUCACGUUCCCUCAACCCAGCGCUAGAUGGUCUGUCCUAUGGCCUGGCAGGGAGGGAGAGGAAAACCACAGAAGAUGAUGGAAAAGAUGCCGCUCUGAUGUCACACUCUUUUGCUAACUUUGGCUUAAACUGCAGCCACAACGUAGUGGACAGUAACAUCUUCAUGGAGACACCAGACAGCGGUUCUAGGUCACGCACACAAGAAGAGAAAACGAACACUUCAGUAGAGCCUAACACGCUCUGUCCCACUCAACCCCCUGAAAAGGAUGGAGAACUUCCUGGUUCAGUUAAGAUGACAGAGGAGCAGCUGCAGGAGUUCCAGCGUCAGAGACUGCGUGUGCAGCAUCACUUGGAGCAGAAGCAGCAGCAUAUGCAGCUCUACCAGCAGAUGUUGCUAGAGGGAGGAGUGCAGCAAGCCAGUCAGGCCUCGGGUGCCGGCCAGCAUAACCUCACACAGACCUUCCUCAGCAGGUCCAUCCAAAAGCUGGAGGAGCUGAAUGUAGGGAUGGAAGACCUAGGGGAGAACAUGCAAGCCUUGGCCCAGCAGUUUAAUGGCUCACAGUCAGAAGCACAGCGCACACAUACACCGGAGUCUGACGGAACAGGCAAAAGCAAAACUGGUGUGACGAGCAGCACCCCUCAGAGAGGAGGCAUUCGGGGCAUGCCUUCACUUGAUGAGUCCCCAGUGAUGGUCAGCCAAAGUGUGUUUCAGGAUGACCAGCCCAAGUCCCCAUUCAUAGCAGUGCACGUACUGGAAGACACACAAGCUGUGCGUGCUGUCGCAUUUCAUCCUUUUGGAAAACUCUAUGCUAUCGGCUCUAAUUCCAAAACCUUGCGUGUCUGCAUGUACCCACAGGACCUUAGUGCCAGUGCAGAAAGCCCAGUGAGGCAGCCUGAAGUCUGCUUCAAACGCAACAAGCACCACAAAGGUUCCAUCUACUGUGUGGCUUGGAGUCCAUGUGGCCAACUUCUUGCUACAGGCUCCAAUGACAAAUUCGUGAAAGUCCUGCCUUUCAAUGCCGAGACCUGCAACGCUACAGGGCCAGAUCUGGAGUUCAGCAUGCAUGAUGGGACCAUUCGUGACCUGGCAUUCAUGGAGGGUCCAGAUAGUGGUGGAGCCAUCCUUAUUAGUGCUGGAGCAGGAGACUGCAGCAUCUAUACGACCGACUGCCAAAGAGGACUAGGCCUACAUGCACUCAGUGGACAUACAGGACACAUCCUCUCCCUCUAUACAUGGGGUGGUUGGAUGGUAGCAUCUGGCUCACAGGAUGAGACUGUGCGUUUCUGGGACUUGCGUGUGCCUAGCUGUGUGAAAGUGGUCAGGAGUGCCCUGCAUGGUCCUGGAAGUGCAGUGGCCUCAGUGGCAGUGGACCCGACCGGGCGGCUCCUGGCUGCAGGGUUGGAGGACAGCCGCUGUAUGCUGUACGACAUCAGAGGAGGACGAACAGUUCAGGCAUACAACCCUCACACCAGCGACAUUCGCUCUGUCCGAUUCUCUCCUGGAGCUCACUACCUGCUCACCGGCUCCUACGACAGCAAAGUCAUGAUUACUGAUCUUCAAGGAGAUCUAACAAAACCACUACCAGUAAUGGUGGCUGGUGAACACAAGGACAAAGUGAUCCAAUGCCGUUGGCACACAAGAGACAUUUCUUUCCUGUCUUCUUCUGCAGACAAGACUGUUACACUAUGGGCACACCACCCAUAACGUUUCUCAGAACUAGUUGUACCAGAAAAAGCACAAAGCAAACACUUCCCUCUAAUACUUCAUUACCUGGCAUCAUUCAUGCAAAAGAACUAUUUAUUAUUUAUAAUUUAAAGUUAUUUAUAAAUUACUUUUUGUAAAAUAAGGGUUGGUCCUGCAUGUUAGCUGCUAAUUUAGGAAAGACAACUCUGCCAACUAAUAAGAAGUGCUGAAUGUGUAUUGAACAGAGUACAGAGCUACCAUUUCAGUUAUAAUGCAAAACAGAGGUUUGAUUCUGAAUGUAUAGACUAUUUUGUGCCUUGAGUUGGGUAAUCCAUAGUUAGGCUAAUGAAUGUCAUAAUAUUUCUUGGCAUGAAAUUGGGCUAAACAGUCAUAAAACCUACUGCUUGUCACAUAUAUGCAGUAUAAUUACUCUGUUGAAUAUUUGGCAUGCUGCAAAUAUUGACUAAUUUUAGCACAGGCUCCUCAUAGAACAGAUUUAAUGCAAAACGUUGGCAUGUAUGUUCGGAUAAAAUGCGAAAAUAUGAUACAUUUGUCUUCUUUAAGUAUAUAUGUGUGUGUGUGUGUGUGUGUGUGUGUGUAUGUUGAUGGUAUUUUAUGCUAUAUUUAUUUUUGUUCACUCUAUUUGCACUUUAAUGACUCCUGUGAAGCACCUUGUACUAAAUGUGUUUGAAAUGUGUAUUUGCUCAUUGAAACCAAGCAUUUAAAUAUUGACAAUAAAUAUACUAUAAAAGAG